AUAAUUCAUCCAUUAUACAUCACACAAAUUUAAGAUAACAAUGCUGAUAGGUUGUAGUUUGGUAAUAUAAUCACUUUGCAGAAUUACAAGGAAAAAGAUUCAGAACAACUUUGUUUUCAAGGGGAAGUUACGUUUAAAUAUACCCACUCUCACUUUUGUUUGUAAUUUUUUACAACAUUGGGGGGUUAACAUUGGUCAAUAACACCUGUUCUUCAAGUAGCACAGGGUGUGCAACUUGAAAAACCAGCAAAAGUACCGAACAACAAGUCACGAACGUCAAAAAAGAACCCCAGGUCUGAUGAUGAUGAUGACAGAGAAGACAUUCACCAUCUUUGCUGGUCUCAUCUGUUUGCUGAAUGCAGCUGAGUGGUACCCCAAAAGUCUGAAGUGUGACGUUUCUCUGGUUAGUAACGGGAGUGAGGUCACCGUCAACUGCACUGAACGAGAACUAACCGAAAUUCCUUUGGGAAUCCCAACGAAUACCACCAACCUGACCCUAACGAUCAACCACAUACCCCAUAUUACGAAUGAUUCGUUUCACAAACUGCAGAACAUCACUGAGAUCGACCUGCGCUGCAACUGCGUACCAAUCAAGGUCGGACCCAAAGACCGCGUCUGCACCCAGAGCUUGACGAUUGACAAUGGCACCUUCUGGAAGCUAAAGAACCUCAAGUCGCUUUAUUUGGAUGGCAACCAACUGUCCAGCAUACCCAAGGGCCUUCCUCCCAACAUAGUGCUUCUGAGUCUCGAGGUCAAUAGUAUUUAUUCAAUCCUUAAGGAGAAUCUGACAGAACUGACGAAUAUCCAAACACUGUAUCUCGGCCAGAACUGCUACUUCCGGAACCCGUGCAACACAUCAUAUUAUAUCGAAAAGGAUGCAUUUGUGCAGCUUGACAAGAUGACUUUGCUUUCUCUGAAGUCUAACAACUUGUCCUACAUCCCCCACCAACUACCAUCCAGCCUCAAAGAGCUGUACCUGUACAACAACAAUAUUCAGACAAUAACAGAAAUGGACUUUCACAACCUGACGGAGCUGGAGAUACUGGACUUGAGUGGGAAUUGUCCACGUUGUUAUAAUGCACCUUUCCCAUGCGUUCCAUGCCCAAAUAAUGCUCCCCUUCAGAUACAUCCAAACUCCUUCAAGACCCUGAAGAACCUAAAGACUCUUCGGCUUCAUAGUAAUUCUUUAACACACAUCCCUUUGGAGUGGUUUCAAAACCUGACUCAACUUAGUCUUCUAGACCUCUCGAGCAACUUUUUGGCUAAAGAGAUAACAUGCACCUCCUUUCCUUCGUUGUUGCCUAAUCUGGAAGAGUUGGAUCUGUCUUUCAAUUACGAGCUCCAGGUGUAUCCUACAUCCCUCAACCUUUCAAGAUCAUUCCAUCACCUUAAAUCUCUGAAGGUCCUAAGAAUCAGAGGGUAUGUUUUUCAAGAACUCAAGCAGGAAGACAUCCAACCGUUGGCUAAUUUGAACAAACUGGAGCUCAUUGAUCUCGGCACAAACUUCAUAAAGAUAGCACAUCUCAGCGUCCUGAGGAACCUGAAAAGCUUCAAAAUCAUCAACUUGUCCGACAACAAAAUCUCAAUGCCUUCUCAAGGAGAAACUUUGCUUUCUAACCACAGAGAAAACCAUUAUAGUUCUCCAAUGUCGCAAGGUGCACAGUACCACAAUGGAGAAGUGAAGGAUAUGCACUAUUUCCUUUAUGACGAAUAUGCACGCAGCUGCAAAUACAAGGACAAGGAACUCUGGAUUUCAAGUCCUUUCAACAACGAAUGUAGUUCCUUUGGGAAAACGUUGGAUAUUAGUAGGAAUAACAUAUUUUUCCUUCAUUCCAGAUUUCUGGAUUUUGAAGAGCUGAAUUGUUUAAAUCUCUCUGGGAACGCCAUGAGCCAGAGUUUGAACGGUUCUGAGUUUGUCCAGUUGAAGAAUUUACAAUAUCUAGACUUUUCAGACAAUCGUUUGGAUUUGAUGUUCUCUUCAGCAUUUCAGGAACUGAGCAGCCUGGUGGUUCUGGAUAUCAGCCGUAACAGCCAUUACUUUGUGGCUGAGGGUUUAACUCACAUGCUGAAUUUUACAAAGAACCUGGGUAAGCUGAACAAAUUAAUCAUGAACGAUAAUCAAAUCUCGACAUCUACCAACACGGAAAUGGAGAGUUUUUCUCUGGAGCAUUUGGAGUUUAAAGGCAACCGUCUUGAUAUGUUGUGGAGAGACGGAGACACAAGGUAUGCCAACUACUUUAAGAAACUUUUGGCCUUGAAGUCUCUUGAUAUCUCUCGCAACAACCUAAACUUCAUCCCACUAGACGUUUUUGAAGGUCUUCCAGACACCCUCACAGAGCUGUACAUCACUGACAACCGGUUAAAGUCAUUUCAUUGGGAGGGCCUUGUGUACCUUAAAAACCUAAAGCUGUUAGACCUCAGUGGGAAUCACCUGACAGAUGUUCCUGCAUGCUUGUCUAACUAUACAAAAUCAAUCCAAACUCUGGUUCUACACAAGAACAACAUUGUAAAACUGACUCCCAAUUUUCUCAAGGAUGCAUUCAGCCUCAAGGUCCUGGAUCUCAGUUACAAUCGCAUCCAGUUCAUCGAUGAGUCGAGCUUCCCGGGAAAUGUUAUAGACCAGUUGCAGACCCUUUACUUGAACAACAACCGGUUUGUGUGCUCCUGCAAUGCCACGUGGUUUGUCCGAUGGAUCAACCGGACGUCUGUGAACAUCCCACGCCUUGCAAUGGACGUCACCUGCGCUUCACCAAGUGCCCAAAAAGGUCAAAGUGUGAUUUUCCUCAACAUCCAGGCCUGCCAACACAACUCCCUAUCCAUCAUCCUCUGCAUUUUACUGACAUCUGUGAUUCUCAGCAUCCUCACGCUCACCAUCUCCAGCCAUCUCUUUCUUUGGGAUGUUUGGUACAUCUACCACUUCUGCUUGGCCAAACUCAAGGGAUACCGUCGGCUUUCCUCCAACAGCACUGUCUACGAUGCCUUUGUUGUCUACGAUACGACUGAUCCAGCUGUUCACGAGUGGGCCAUGCAAGAGCUUCGCGUUCAACUGGAAGACAAGGGUGACCCGAGGAUGCAACUCUGUUUGGAAGAGCGGGAUUGGGUUCCUGGAUGUCCCCUCAUUGAAAACCUUUCCCAAAGCAUACAGUUGAGUAAACGCACUGUUUUCAUUCUGACUGGACGAUACAUCAAGAGCGGCAGCUUCAGGACAGCAUUUUAUUUGGCCCACCAGCGACUCAUGGAUGAAAGGAAUGAUGUUAUCGUACUGAUAUUCUUGGAGAAAAUACCUUGUCAUUCCAAGUACCUCAGACUGAGAAAGAGGUUGUAUAAAAAAUCAGUUCUCGAGUGGCCGAGGAACCCUCAAGCGCAAAGGUACUUCUGGUUCAGUCUCAGAAGUGUUAUGGCAACUGAGAGUCAGCAAUACAACACACUCUUCCAGGAAACUCUGUGAUUGGGACACACUCCAUGGACUCGCUGACACAUCUGAAGCGUUAACUUUAUUUCUGCAUUUGAAAGCUUCUUCCUCAAAACCACCUUUAAUUUAAUGUUGGUAGACUUUGUUUUAUUGUCCAUAUAACUACAAAUAAAAAUAACA